CACAAGCACAAAGUGACCUUUUAGAUAACAAGGGUUACAGUUUCUCAUAUUCCUCGAUUAAAAAGGAAUCGUUCCGAGAUUUCAGUUGAAAAAACACCAAAAGUGCAAUAAUUAUCUCUGAAUUUAAUAACAAUGCGAUAGAGUUCACUGCGCGUUCAUGAUUCUAAGGAUUCAACUCUAAUGUAACUGUCCAUUAAUAGAGCGAAAUAAAAAGUUUUUUUAUUGAGAUUUUGGUCUGAGCCCUCAUGACUGAGACUUGAUACAGCCCUAUCAUCCUAAAAUUGGAAUUUUAGUGAGUGUUUUUUAUCAUCGUGAACUCAAUCGAGGUUUUAUUCUAAUCCAUGGAUGUGAAGUGUUAAUUACUGGAACUGAUCAAUCAAUAAUGUGAAUUUUAUUAAUUUUCUAGGAGUUAUAAAAGGUGCAAUGGUAUUUAUUUUAUAAACAAUUGAUUCGAUUUCAAUUUUAAUAAUAAUCCACUUCAAUUGAGACAUUUUCUUUGAAAAAAAAAAUCAAUCCAUAUACUGUAACAAGUGUAGGAUAACGAGUUAUUCAUAGAAAUUUAUUACUUUCCUUGAAAUGUACAACCUCUUACAAAUAAUAUUAUUUGAUGAUCAGUGAAAUGUCUCAUCAAUUUUUUAUAACGUUAUUGUUAGCCUCCUAAAAUUUCGAAAGUUUUCUUUUGAAUUGAGAUAUUUAUUCGAAAUGUUAUCUACCGUACAUCAUAACAUGCACAGUAAUAUGGAAAUGAUGGAUACAAUAAGUUACAGUGAAGUGAAAAAAUUGGAAAAUGAAAGCUCGGAUGAAAUAGAAGAACCAUCAUCUCCAUCAUAUUUAGUAUCACUGUUUAUGGGUUUACAGACUCUUCCAUUCGAAAAGAUGUUGGGUAAACUGAGAUGUCUUGAAAGGCUAUAGUAGUAAUACUAUUGCCGUUAGUUAAGGUUUCCAACAGCUUGAUGGAUGUAGUGUGUAUUCUGCCCGAUGACCCUGUCAGAAUCCAAGUAUUAUCUCUGAUGAUGAUGGUGACUGGCAUAAGCACGCUUGCAUUCAACAUUUUUCAGAAAAGGUUACCAGUUCUUUUUUCUCCAAGUGUACGAUAUUAUAAGAACGUUUCAAGCAGCUUAUCAUUGCACAAUGCUUGUCCUGGCAGCGGAGACCUCUUCGCCAUGGGUUUCACCAAGAGAUCUCACGAGUGGAAGUCGAGGAUUAACACUGUUCAAAGCGGCCUCAUCUUCACAAAUGUAUUGACAGCGCUUGCAGGAUUAACAGGUUUAUGUCGAGCAAUUGAUGGCGUUAUAUCAAAUAAUUUGGUUUUAGUACCUGCUGGUGUUGCUAUAGGCAUAUCACAAUUUGAAGAUUUGUUAAAAUUGGAAACUAACACAGUCAAUGGAAGUUCGGAAAAUUUAGAUUCAGAAGUCAUUGUUACAAUGACAAUAAUUUCUUUGGUCAUUGCUGCCCUCAAGUUUGGAGAAGUCAAAUUCAGAGUACCAUAUUAUUCCUUGAAGGAAGGAUUCGGCGCAAGAGAAUGUAAACUAUUCCAAUUAUUUUCAAUUUUCAUCUCUACUUUUUGUGUUAUUUUCGCAUAUCCUGGACUCCAAGCAUUAAUUUAUGGUUCCAAGGCCUAUAAACAAGCAUCAGGACAUGCUUUUCCAGAACAAGAUGAUAGUCACCGUUUUAUCCUUCAUAGACCAUUUAUAUAUGGUUGGCCAAAGCUAGAUUAUGAAAUGAUGAUCAAUCUCUUGCCAGAUGUUGUCAUUAAUAUAGCAACAUCGGUCGUGAUUUUUAGAGCAACAAGGUUCGCUUGCGGGGAGAAUAAAACUCUUACAAGAACGGUUUCUAAUGGAGUUCUUGGUGAGAGUCUAAUGAAUUUCAUUCUGGCAGGUUUCGGGUUGAAUGCAAAUGUCAGUGCUUACAACAUCGGUCUAGGAAAAUUGACUGGGAUAAUGCAUACCAGAAUUGUGAAGUUAUGUGGAUUGAGCCUUGUACUUAUAGCGAUCCAUCCACCUACACUGCUGGCCUUCUCCAGGAUAAGCAUGUAUCAUCUACAAGCAAUACACUUUCUUAUAUCAAUGCUUGUGUCAGUAAUUGGUUUUUCGAUGAUAAAGGCAAUAAGAAACACGUCAAGUCGAGACUUCGCUGUUAUUGGAUCAUCAGUAUUCACUAGCUUUAUCCUACCUAAUAUUGUUCUAACGUCUGGAUGUGGUGGCUCAUCACCUGCACUUUUAAAACUAUUGUCCUCAAAUAUUUUGAUUGCUAUAAUCACUGCUGUGACUGCAGACAAACUUCUGGAAGGUGGUAAGCCAGUUGUUGAGGAAAAUAAUGAGCAUCACAAUCAAAACAAUCAUUUAUCAUUCAGCGAAGAACUUUUCUCUCUUUGCAUCUAAGAACCUUUUCUUCAGUUUCAUUCUCAUUUUUCAAUUUUGUCGGACAAAACAACAUCAAUGUCCAACACAGAUUUAUAUUCAUUAUUUAUAUUCACAUUAACUCUGAUAAUGAUAAUAAUUAUUAUACGGUAGUUACUUAUUAUACCAUACAGGACUCCUCUGUAGUUGUGAAGUGGAAUUAUGAAAUAGCCCACUUUUCAUGAGAUAAUUCACUCAUUAAUUCUACUUAUUAUUUAUUAUCCAAUAUAUAUAAUAAACAUUAAUGAGUGAUAAAUUUCAUAUACAUUUUUAAUAAAGAAGAAAAUUUAUUAAUACUUGUUGAGUUAUUUAGUGCAUUAGCUCAAUAGUUUAUUAGCUAUUUUAUUCAUCAACUCAUUUACAUAUCAUAUAGUGCAUAUUAGUUUCAUUACUCAUUUGAAUAGUGUAAUUCAACUACUAUAUUAUAUUCAAUCAAGCCAUGGUUGUGUAUAAUGUGAUGUUAUUUUGUAUGUUUUGCCGUGCUACCAAUAUAUCCUAAAUAGGUUGAAUAGCAUUUUUCACCUAUUAACCUAAAGAAAGUUAUCGGCUCCAAAAUGGUAAAUUCUUGAUAAAUUAUGAAUGGAUCUAUUGCUAAUGAAUAGGGAAUCCAGUUUUCAGAGCAAAUCAACUUAUAAUCUUCAUAAGAAUUUUGGCAAUAUACAACACAAAUCCACAAAACAAUACCUUACAACACUUAAACAUAUAGCAUCAUUACAAGCUAAAAUACUUAUCCAUUUAUAUAGUUGAAAACAAUGGCUAUAGGCUUGUAGACACACAAAUCAAAUUAUACAAAAUUAGAACACUAUAAAACUGUUCAAAUCUCAAAUUAAAACAUUAUAAAUUUCAAUUAAACAGAAAAAUAUUCAGAGAGCACAAAACACCUUCAUAGCCAGCCACCAUUUUUUAGAGAAGGGCGACAAAGAUAGCAUUUUAGAUGAAGCCAAAAAUGGUGACAACGUUAUGAACACAUCUUCGAUAUUAAAUUCCAAAAAUUUAUAAAUUACAAGUUUAGAAUUUACAUUUUAUAUUUGUUCUCAAUAAAACUUUAUUUCGAAA